AUGAAUAAAAUUGUCGUUUACAUCACAAGCUGUGGUAUCGUCCACGGAGUAUGGGAGAGAUGCAAAGACACGGUUGAACUGUUGAAAGCACUGAGAAUCAAGGCAGAGAUUCGCGAUCUCUAUAUAGACCCCUCUUUCGCAGACGAAUUGGUGGAUCGAAUGAGACUGCAUCCGGACGAUAGAGAACUUGUUUACGAUAGCUUGCCAAUGGUUUACGUCAACGGAAAAUACUUUGGAGUAAGUUGUUCUUUUGUCCUUUUAUGGCCAAUAUUCGCUAGUUGGAGUACUUCGUUCCAAGAAUUUGUAAUACGGGCCGUCAAGACUGCUCUACGUGUAAUGGCUUUGGCUACACAGUCUGCUCGUUCUGCCGUGGUGGAAAAAAGUCCCGUGAGACAUUUCGAGUACGACUCCGAUGCGCCCACUGUGACCGUAAUGGUAUAG